GCUAAAUGACAGCACAAGUGAGUCGAGUGCAUGCUCCGACGAGGACGAAGGUACAGCAAAUGGCACAACACCUCACCACCGCCCUGUACAAGCUAAGAGAAGGAUCAUUUGGAAGAAAGCGAAUCUAAUGAGAGAUCCGCAGACAGUUCAGUUCUCCGGGCAAAGUGAACUCCCAGAGUACAUUUCACAACUAGAGACACCAUUCCAAUACUUCAAAUUUCUCUUCCCGGGCUCGCUGAUUUCGCUAAUUGCAGAUCAGAGCAAUUUGUAUGCGCUUCAGAAUGACGUGAGUCAGCCCCUCUGUACUACCGCAGAAGAGAUCGAAAUGUUUAUUGGGACGUGCAUGUGGAUGUCGAUCACACAAAUGAGGAAUUCGAGGUGGUACUGGAGUGCAGAAACCAGGGUUAGCCAAGUCGCUGACAACUUUCCUGUGGGCCGCUUUGAGAAACUAAAGCAUAAUAUACACUUCAUUGACAACAGUACUCUCGGCCCAAAGGACGCUCCAGGAAGAGAUCGGCUUGCGAAGGUGCGGCCUCUCAUUGAUACCGUAAAUGAACAGUUGUCGCUUGUGCCUCUUGAAGAGCAUCUUUCGAUUGAUGAGCAGAUUAUACCCUUCAAAGGUAGAAGCUCCCUCAGGCAGUACUGUCCCAAGAAGCCCAAAAAAUGGGGUUACAAAGUUUUUGUGCUCUCCGGUGUAAGCGGCUUCUCGUACAAAUUGGAGGUGUAUACCGGACAGGAGAACACGGCGCAAAGACUUUCAGGAGAGCCUGACUGUGGAGCGAGUGGAAAUGUUGUUGUUCGCUUGAGUAGAAUGAUUCCGAGAGGCGUACACCACAAAGUGUACUUCGACAACUAUUUCAACUGCCCAACCUUGCAGGUGUACCUAGAAAAAGACUCUGUACACUGCAUUGGUACUGUGCGGACAAACCGGGUCCCUGGAGUGAGCCUGCCUAGCGAGCAGGAAAUGAAAAAAAAAGGAAGAGGACAUUUUGAAGAGAGGGUUGCAGUUAUAGAUGGAAUUGAACUGUCAUGUACAAGGUGGCAAGAUACCCGAGCAGUGACUUUGCUCUCCUCCUUUGUUGGAACACAGCCUGCUACAAGUGUAUCAAGGUAUGAUCGUCAAAAAAAAGAGCGGAGUGAGAUACCAUGCCCUGCAGCGAUCACUAUCUACAACAAGCACAUGGGAGGCGUCGACCUUUUGAACUCCCUCAUCUCCAUUUACCGUCCCUACCUGAGGUCGAAGAGAUACUAUUUUCGUGUUUUUCUGCACAUCCUAGACUUGACAACUGUAAAUGCAUGGUUGCUUUACAAGAGGAAUGUCAUGAAAAAGCGUGAUCAGUACACCGAACGGCUACUUCCGUUGGCUGAGUUCAAGAUGGACCUGGCUGCAUCACUCUGCAAGGCUGGGAAGACGGCGCUGAAGAAGCGAGGAAGGCCUAGCAAUGAGUCAGUAGAACAAGCCUCUGAUGAGAAGAAAAAAAGGGGACCAUCAGCUCCAACUCCAACUCAGGAUGUCAGGCUAGAUCAGGUUGGUCACUGGGUUCUUUGGAGCAAGAAGCGGCAGCGCUGCAAACUUCCUGGCUGCACAGGAAUCUGCAUGAGCUACUGCGUUAAGUGUGGAAUACAUCUCUGUUCCACAAACAAGAGCAAUUGCUUUUUUGUGUACCACACAACAAAAUGAGUCCAUCGUUUCUCAUUACUUACUGAUUACUGUUCAAGGUAUAGAACCAAGCUUUUUCAGCAAGCAAGCGAAAUAGCUUUCUAUUGUGUUAUUCGUUCCCCCUUAUUGAUUGUCAUGUAAAUAAAUGUUACAGUUUGAAACGCAA